GUUCUCAGUGGUCACUCUGUUCAUCGGCAUCAAACACAGCUGGACUCCAUAUUUAAGCUGCUGGAGGACAACAUUGUCACUUUUGUGAAGAAGGAGCUGAAGAAGAUUCAGAGGGAUCUGAGUCCAGAUUACCCAGAAUGCUUAGAGAGUCAGAGGGAGGAUGAGGAGGUGUUGAAGGGUGAGGAUGAAGAGCAGUGGAGGAGCAGCAAAGACGCAUUUGUGAAGAUCACACUGCACUUCCUGAGGAGAAUGAAGCAGGAGGAGCUGGCUGAUCAUCUGCAGAGAAGACAUGAAGCUGUACCUUGUCAACGUGAACUUAAAUCUAGUCUGAAGGAGAAGUUCCAGUGUGUGUUUGAGGGAAUUGCUAAAGCAGGAAACUCAACUCUUCUGAAUGAGAUCUACACAGAGCUCUACAUCACAGAGGGAGAGACUGCAGUGGUCAAUGAUGAACAUGAGGUCAGACAGAUUGAAACAGAUUCCAGGAAACUAGACAGAGCAGAAACAACCAUCAGACCAGAAGAAAUCUUUAAAGCCUCACCUGGAAGACGUAAACCAAUUAGAAGAGUGAUGACAAAGGGGGUGGCUGGCAUUGGGAAAACGGUCUUAACACAGAAGUUCACUCUGGACUGGGCCGAAGACAAAGCCAACCAGGACAUCCAGUUUACAUUUCCAUUGACUUUCAGAGAGCUGAAUGUGUUGAAAGAGAGAAAGUUCAGCUUGGUGGAACUUGUUCAUCACUUCUUCACUGAAACCAAAGAAGCAAGAAUCUGCAGCUUUGAAGAGUUCCAGGUUGUGUUCAUCUUUGACGGUCUGGAUGAGUGUCAACUUCCUCUGGACUUCCAAAAAACUGAGGUCCUGACUGAUGUUACAGAGUCCACCUCAGUGGAUGUGCUGCUGACAAACCUCAUCAGGGGGAAACUGCUUCCCUCUGCUCACCUCUGGAUAACCACACGACCUGCAGCAGCCAAUCAGAUCCCUCCUGAGUGUGUUGACAUGGUGACGGAGGUCAGAGGGUUCACUGACCCCCAGAAGGAGGAGUACUUCAGGAAGAGGUUCAGAGAUGAGGAACAGGCCAACAGCAUCAUCUCCCACAUCAAGACAUCACGAAGCCUCCACAUCAUGUGUCACAUCCCAGUCUUCUGCUGGAUCUCUGCUACAGUUCUGGAGGAUGUUUUGAAAACCAGAGAGAGAGGAGAGCUGCCCAAGACCCUGACUGAGAUGUACAUCCACUUCCUGGUGGUUCAGACCAAAGUAAAGAAGGUCAAGUAUGAUGGAGGAUCUGAGACAGAUCCACACUGGAGUCCAGAGACCAGGGAGAUGAUUGAGGCUCUGGGAAAACUGGCUUUUGAUCAGCUGCUAAAAGGAAACCUGAUCUUCUAUGAAUCAGACCUGACCGAGUGUGGCAUCGAUUUCAGAGUGGCCUCAGUGUACUCAGGAGUGUUGACACAGAUCUUUAAGGAGGAGAGAGGACUGUACCAGGACAAGGUGUUCUGCUUUGUCCAUCUGAGUGUUCAGGAGUUUCUGGCUGCAGCCUACAUGAUCCACUGUUACACCAACAGGAAGACAGAGGAGCUGGAGGACUUCCUGGGACAAAACAACAAUGCCUCAACUCUGGAUGUCUUCCUGAACAGAGUCAUGGAGAAAUCCUUGCAGAGUAAAAAUGGUCACCUGGACCUGUUGGUUCGCUUCCUUCAUGGCGUCUGUCUGAAGUCCAACCAGAGACUGUUAAGAGGUCUGCUGGGUCAGACGGAGACCAGUUCAGAAAUCAUCCAGAGAGCCAUCAACAAUCUGAAGAAGAUGACUAUGUUCAACAUUUCUCCUGACAGAAGCAUCAACAUCUUCCACUGUCUGGUGGAGAUGAAUGACCUCUCAGUUCAUCAGGAGAUCCAAGAAUUCCUGAAGUCAAAGAACAGAUCAGAGAAGAAUCUCUCUGAGAUCCACUGCUCAGCUCUGGCCUACAUGCUGCAGAUGUCAGAAGAGGUUCUUGAUGAGUUGGACCUAGAGAAGUUCAACACAUCAGAGGAGGGACGAUGGAGACUGAUUCCAGCUGUGAGGAACUGCAGAAAGGCUCGAUUUUCUCGCUGUGGACUCUCAGAGAGUCACUAUGAAGUUGUGGCCUCAGCUCUGAAGUCCAACCCGUCCCAUCUGACAGAGUUGGACCUGAGUGUUAACGUCCUGCGGGAUUCAGGAGUGAAGCAGCUGUGUGUUGGACUGAAGAGUCCAAACUGUAGACUGGAGACUCUGAGAUUGAGGAGCUGUAGUUUGUCAGAGGUCAGUUGUGAUUCUCUGGACUCAGCUCUGAAGUCCAAUCCCUCCCAUCUGAAACAUCUGGACCUGAAUGGAAACAACCUAAAGGAUUCAGGAGUGAAACAUCUGUGUGGUUUUCUGGGGAGUCCAGACUGUAGACUGGAGACUCUGGGGUCAGUUCACUGGAUGUCUGUUAAUAUUGUGCAUCUCAUUUGUGUCAUUACAAACUGA